CACAACGAAAUAACCGAAUACUUUUCAUUUCUAAACUUUGUAUGCGCGAAUAAUGUGAUAGUCAAUUAUCAUGUAAGAAGCUAGUACCUAGCCGAGUGGGAAAUACGUAAGCUCGCUAACAUGUGUUUUUCAAAGUGUGGCUCGUUCGGCGUCGAUGAAAUUUUUUUUAGGCGUGAUUUAAAAUUUCUGCGCUAAUAGUUUUUCGCGUGAAACCGUAAAAUAUUAAAUUUUGAUAACCGAUAUCGAGAAAGUAAUUAACGCAUAAUGUACAAAAAUGUGAUCGUUUCGAUUGAAAAAUUAUUAUCUUAAAUGAGUUAUUUUCCAAGUUGCGGUCAGAAUUGGUUGUUUUCGGUGAUGUUCUUCGGUGCUUCGGUAUGCAUUUUUGCAUUAAUUAUAUCAGGAUUCUCAUUCCGUCAAUCCAAAUCGCUGACAGUGCAAGAUGAUCGAAACACAGGUACUCCGCAAAGCCUGAAACUAUCCAGCCACAUCGAACGAAACUGCGAUGGAAAUCCGAGUGAUAAUAAGCAGGAGGCAGGAGAAAAACAAGAUAUCGUAUCCAUCCGUCACCCCUUCGAACGAAAAUGCAGUUCAAAUUCGACUACUAAUAAACCGAAUGCAGGAUAUUGGAAAAAUUUCAACAUACGUGUUGACUUAGUCUUCAAUCAAACAUACCAGUUUUUAAGCUACCUAAAUGAUGCAGAAAAUAACACGCCAGGAGAAAAAAUUCAGAUUGGAGAUAAGAACAUCUUGUUUGAGAAGCUGCCUAAAAGCUCGCUAAAUUUCUCCAGGAUCAGAGGCAAUUUCGAAGACGGAUUAUUUCAGGUGGACCUACGUCUAAACAGUGGAUGGGAAUUUUACGUCAACAUAGAACCUAAUCGAUGCAGAUUAAUCAAAGUCGGAUUUAUCCCGAAGAACGUUACGAUUUCUCUGACCAAGAAAUUGAUCGAAGAUUCGUUGAACCCAUUCGAAGAUCCGAUGUAUAAAAGUUUCGAUUACGACAUAAGAAUUGAGGGCGAGGAUGCAAGUGAUGACGAACCACCAAUCGAUACCUGGAAAAAAAAAUUCAAACAACGUUUGAAGACGAUAAUCUCGGAGAAAGUAUCGAAGCAUACCCAGCAUGAACUAUUGAAAUUUUACCAGAAAGAAUAUCAGGCACUAGAAUGUAGCAUAGUAAAAUUGAUGCCUCUACGAGCAAUGGCAGCCAAGCAAAAAAGACACAUCAUGAGAAAUUUUUCUGAAAUCGAAGUAAAUUCAGUCAAGUGGAAACUGCAAGAGGUAAAAAUCUCAAAAUGGCCGGAUUUGAGAUCAACAGAAAUCGUUUACCUUGAAAAUGGUAUCGUCGGACUGCGUUUAAAGAUGACAAACACGACCGUAUAUGUCACAACAAACUCCCCCGAACAAUACAAUGACGUUGAAAUUCAAAUAGACGAAGUAUUCGUAACAUUAACCAGAAAUGGAAACGUAACAAAAAAAUCGGAAAUUCGUUUCGAAGGAUUCGCAGUUAUUAAUAAAGAUCAAAUUGGAAACAUCGACGAAAUAAAGAACGCUUUGGAAAAAUCAAUGGAAUCUUGUUUGGAUGAGACGGGGAAUUGUUUUAAAAACUUGCAAAGGAGUCCUUAAUAGGUUCAACUUUCACCCAAAAUAAUCUGAAAAGUUCGCUCACCUGCGCUAAUUUCCGUGUUCGUUGAAGACGACAGUGAUUCCUCAUUAGCACUCGAACCGUUGACUCGAAUUCGCAUUCUAAUCGCGCGAUCACAGUAACACUACAAUCGACUGCAAGAUCACUACCACAUUUUCGUCAUUCGAUUCACCACCUGAAAAACGAAGAAAAAAAAUAACCGUGUAAAUACGACGAUCGGAGCAAUUAAGCAGAAUUAAGGUAGCCUAUACCUAAUCCCUUUUAAGGAAAAGAAACCGCAUGCUAAGUAAGCAACUUCUACGCGUCAAAUCUCUAUGUCUGGGUACAAAACAACAAAUCGUGGGUAUACGAAGAACGAUUUAUAUGGUAUUUAAAUAAGGUUAUUGUACUGAGAAUUUAAUCGUUGGUAUGUCGGAUUCUCAUGAAAUGUGUUUUUUUCUUCUACUUGUUCAUUUUAUAAUGUACAUUGUACAGUAGGUAUAAGUACACUUGCACUAUGUGCCAUUGGCCACGAGAAAUUCUUCUACGAGUAAUGUGCACCUAAAAAGUCGACUAAUUCUUACAACAGUAAAUCGUUGAAACGUU